GUUUUAAUAACAGACCAACCAACUGACGCAUUUUGCAAUCCGCAGCCCCUGAGGGAUCACAUCAGCUGUCAGGCGCCUCUGUGGAGUCCCGCCCCUCGACCUCAUCAUCCAAUGAACUGAGAGGAUUCCAGCGCUUCCGGUCCUUCACACAAACACAUGUGCUAACUAGCCGUUAGCUCAGUCAGCAACACGAGAAAGUGGCAAUACACCGCACUGAAGAUGGUCCAGUUGAGUAGAAUCUGCUUCCGUAAAUAUGGUAACUUUGUGGAUAAUCUCCGCCUGUACGUCCGUGGAGGCAGUGGGGGCAUGGGUCUCCCCCGUCUUGGGGGACAGGGAGGGAAAGGGGGAGAUGUUUGGGUGGUGGCUUCAAAGAACAUGACCUUGAAAAGGAUCAAGGACAAGUACCCCGAGAAACGAUUUCUAGGUGAAGCAGGAGCCAACAGCAGUGUCCGAUCACUGAGAGGAGACAAAGGAAACGACAGGGAGGUCUUGGCUCCUGUUGGUAUCACAGUCACCACUGAUGAUGGCAUAAUAGUUGGUGACCUGAAUACGGAGGGUGAUCGUCUGAUGGUGGCGAAAGGAGGACGAGGAGGCUCAUUGCGCUCUGCUUUUGAGCCCAGUAAGGGCCAGAUCAAACACAUAAGGCUGGACCUCAAACUUAUCGCUGACCUGGGCCUUGUUGGGUUCCCUAAUGCAGGAAAGUCCUCUCUCCUGACUGCCAUGUCUAACGCCACGCCUCAGAUUGCAAGCUACUCGUUCACAACUUUGAAGCCAGAGAUCGGUAAAGUGAUAUAUGAAGAUUACAAACAGAUUUCGGUUGCUGAUCUCCCUGGCCUGAUCGAGGGGGCUCACAUAAACAAAGGCAUGGGUCACAAGUUCCUAAAACAUGUUGAGAGGACCAAGCAACUUCUGUUUGUGGUGGAUGUUUGCGGUUUCCAGCUUGCAAGUAAAACACCGUUCAGGUCGCCCUUUGAAGCUGUUCAACUUCUCACCAAGGAAUUGGAGUUGUACAAAGAGGAGCUUGUAUCGAAGCCUGCGCUACUGGUGGUGAACAAAAUGGACCUGCCUGACGCUGAGGACAAACUAGCAGAGCUGAAGGAGCAACUACAAAACCCAGCUGAGUUCUCUCAUCUGUUGCCUGAUGACAUGAUACCGAAAAGCUGCAUAACCUUCAGACACAUUGUUCCCGUCUCUGCCUCCACUGGGUUUGGGGUCGACCGUUUGAAAAGGUGCAUCCGGGAAUCGCUUGAUGAAGAUGCAACUAUGGCAACUAAAGCCAUUCAUCAGGGCAGACUGCAGGCUCUGAGAUGCCACUCACAUUAACAUUUGUGAUGUACAAGGACAACAUGCAUUUCUUUAAAACCUACGGUGGACGAUGAUGGAUGACAUAAUAUUGAAAGUUCUACUUUUAAUGGCUGGUCCAAAGCAUCCUCUGAGAAACUCUUGAGAAACACAAAACGUGUGCUAAUAAGGCUCCAUGGAGGACGUCACCAACGGAGGGACCUCGCCUUUCUAUUGUGAUGCAAAAACAAUUAUUAAGGCCAGUUUUCCAGUCAACAUAAUGUGUUUUAUUUUCCUGAAAAGUACAAAUUAAAGUUAUUAGAAAUGUCAGCUUA